GUAAAAACAAAUUUCUUCAUUGACCCUAUCCAGAAAAAAAAUGUAUUCCCCAACUUGUACUCUUGAGUUUUUUUGACCUGUAAAACAAUGUUAUGAUAAUAAAUGUUAUGGUAAUAGAUGAUAUCUGUUGAUUCUAUAAUCUUGUGACUAAAAUUGACUGGCCAUUGGUCUCUGAUCAUUCUGUGGCCUAGCGAAAAUAUUGGGUGGGCUUGGCUGGCAUGGGCUUCCCAUAGGCUCUCCCUUUUUUGGGCUCAAUUACUAUUGAUUGGACUUGUCUCCCCCUAACCCCACUGUAGCUUUCAACAUUGCCCUGGUAAACAUUGCAAUGUACAAAUGACAUUCUUUCUCAUGUCUUGUGUUGUGAUGGCUCGUGGAACUGAUGAUAUGGUUUGAAAUCAUUAGAGAGUGCUCCCAUAUGAUUUUGAUUAUAUGAUUUAUAUUUUAAAUCAACCAUUUAAAAAUAAGCACAGGACUCCAAGAAAUCAGGUCAGGUCUAAUGAGAAAUUUCUCAUGUCCUAACUUAGGUUUUUUCAGAUUUUUUCAGAGGAUUGAGCUAGAUUUUAAAGGGCCCUUCUAUCUGUCCAAUGUCCCAUGACCUAAUGGAUUUAACAUUUAUUAAACACCUAUUAUAAAUAUAAUAUGGUGCUAAGGGCACAAAGGUAAAAAAGUCAAACAGUUUUUGCUUUUCAAGUACCUUAUAAUCUACUACUUUAAACAAUAUUAUUGAAUAGCAUUAUAGUACAACAAAAGAAUCAGGAUAGUUGUUUGGAUUUGUACCUAGGGAUUUGGUUUGCCAAUCCCAGAAUCUUAGUAUCUUAGUAACUUCUUUAGAGUUUAUCUAGCCUUAUUUGUACCUUAACAGGAAUCCCCUCUGUAGCAUCCUUGAUAAGUAAUCAUCCAACCUCUGUUAGAAGAUCUCCAACAAUUAAGAGCUCAAUACCUCAGAAAAGCCAUUCAGUUUGUAGACUGUUCUGAUUUUUAGGACAGUUCUCUUUAGAAAAUGAGAUAAUAUUUGUAAAGUGCUUUACAAGCCUCAAAGUGUUACAUAAACUGCUAGUUAUCAUCAUCAUUGUUAUUAAGCUGAAAUAUGCCUUUUGUUCUUUACAGGUUAGAGACUAUCAUCCCCCAGCUCAGAGUCUUUCUGUGGUUCCCUAUUGGAUUCGGCGCUCAUUUAUUAGAUGUCUGCUAUGUGCCAGCCUUCCUGCUAGGUGCUGGGGAUGCCAAAACAAACUCCAAACAGUACCUGCCUUUAAAGAGCUUGUGUUCUAAUCUGGAGGAUACAUCACAUAUACAAGUCAAGAUUCAGUCAUCCUUGGAAGUAAGGAUUAAGCUUGCCCAAAGUAGCUGCCAAGAGCAGGCAGAGGAACCUUCUGUGUCUGCAGAGCUCCAGGGAAAUUAGAUGACCUAGAUGAUGAGGACACUGAGGUCCAGAGAAAAUAAGUGAUUUGGCCAGAGUCACACAGCAAGCAGUGGUGGGAGUGGAAACGGGAAUCCACGUCUCCCAAAUCCAAGGCCAUUCCUAUUGCUGCUAUAUUGCCAGACCAGACUGAUGAGGGUCCCGGGCUGCCAGAAAGACCUGUGGAUACAAGGAGAGAGUUGACUAUUUCAAAUUUUCUGGAGCUACAUUAAAGAGAAACCUCAUCAUGGCCGAAUAUUCAGGGUAUAAGGAGGUUGCCUCCAGUCGUCACCUGCGGUUUAAGCUGCAGAGUCUCGGCCGUCGCCUGGAUGAGUUGGAGGAAGCCACCAAAAGCCUCCAGAAGGCCGAGGAUGAGCUCCUGGAUCUCCAGGACAAGGUGAUCCAGGCCGAGGGCAGCAACUCGAGCAUGCUGGUCGAGGUGGAGGCGCUGCGGAAACGAGUGUUGAAGAUUGAGGGGAAGGAUGAGGAGAUCAAGAGGGCAGAAGACUUGUGUCAGCUGAUGAAGGAGAAACUGGAGGAGGAGGAAAGCUUGACCCGGGAGCUGAAAGCGGAGAUCGAGCGGCUCCAGAAACGGAUGGCCGAGCUGGAGAAGCUGGAGGAGGCCUUUGGCCGGAGUAAGAACGACUGCACCCAGCUUUGCCUGAGUCUGAAUGAGGAGCGGAAUCUGACCAAGAAGAUCUCCUCCGAGCUCGAGACCCUCAGGGUCAAAGUGAAGGAACUGGAAACUUCGGGAGACAGGCUGGAGAAAACGGAGCAGAGUUUGGUGUCUGAGGUUGAGAAGCUAAAGUCCCUAACUUUGAGUUUUGCGAGCGAGAGGAAAUACUUAAAUGACAGGGACAGAGAAAAUGAGAAAUUAAUCAAAGAACUGACCCAGAAACUGGAGCAGAACAACAAGGUCAACCUCGCGGACCAUACCCGGAACGCCUCCACCUUCCUGGACAGAAACGACCUGCGCAUUGAGGAUGGCAUCUCCUCCACGCUGCCCUCCAAAGAAGCGCGGAGGAAGGGCGUGCUGGAUUAUCGCAAGCAGGGGGAGAACGAAACAAGUCGGAACAAGUCGGAGAAUGAAAAGAACCGGAACCAAGAAGAUAACAAAGUUAAAGACCUCAACCAAGAAAUCGAGAAACUCAAAACCCAAAUCAAACACUACGAGUCUCUGGAGGAGGAGCUGAAGAAGAUGCGGGCCCAGAACAGCGACCUGAAGGACAGUUACCUGAGCGAGCAGAAUAAGAACAAGCUCCUGGCCAGCCAGCUGGAGGAGGUCCGGUCGCAGCUGAAGAAUCAGAGGGACCUGGAGAACGGGGAGGUGGAGUGUGAAGAGUCUUUUCUGGUUGGCAAGGGCCGGCAGCACGAGAGACCCAAGUACCGAGGGCUUCUCAAUGAGUCCCCCGGCUCCAAGUACAAGUCGCGGGAGCUCUCCCCUCAGCACAAAAGGGGGGAACGGCUUCGGAACAAGGACCACCCUCUCAGCAACGACAACGCUGCUCAGAACAGCAGGCAAGGCGGAGGCUCCGGCUCCAGCUCUGCGAGCCGCAGGGCUGCCAAGGCUCCCAGCACCGUGCCGGGGACGGACAACGUCGCCCAGGAUGCCGGCUUCGCGGCUGGCUCUUCUCUGAGCGACAGCAAGAGAACCAGGGAGCAGCCCUCAGUGCUGAGCCGCUACCCCCCGGCGGCCCAGGAGCACCGCGCCCUGAAGGGAGCCUCCAAGCCAGGACAUGAAAACGGACUGAAGGGGAAGGUGGAAAAGGCGUCCAGAGUGUUUAACGACGCUGGCCACGGCCGCGGGUCCGAGGAUAAGCCCAGCAGGACAGAGGGCACCGCGGUCCCGGCGGGGAACAAAGCGUCGAGGGUGAAUCGUGUGGCGGCUUUGGAGGCCUCCUUGGAAGCCACGCCGGCCAAGAAGCUCCUCAACCCCUCCAGUGGGAAUCAGGCACCUUCAGGCUCAGCCGCAGACCUGGGCCCCUCCAAGGCCACCGAUCCUUCGGCUUCGUCCCGGAGGUUGUCCUCCGAAGGGCUGUCAAAAGGCAAAAGGCCCCUGAAUGGCCUGGAAGCUGAGAGCAGCCCUCCAAGCAUGAAGCCCCCGAUUCUAUCCAAGCCUUCCUACGGUUCCCGAAGUCAGGAGGACAUCCUUCAGGGCUCUGUAGCUCUGAGCAAGGAGGACCUCGACCAGCCCGUGUCUGUGGUGACGGAGGACAGUGGUCAGCAUGAAGCCUUGAGGUGCAGAGUCAUCAGGGCCGGCGGUAGAGAGAGACUGGACCUGGAAGAUGACCCAGACCCAGACUCCCUUGUCACUGCCAAACUGGUCAACACGACCAUCACUCCCGAGCCAGAGUCCAGGAGGCAGCCCCGCUCCCGAGCCGCCCUCAGAGCUCCCCUGUUCGACGGCGACAGAGAUGCCGGCGCGGAGCCGGACCCCACCAAGCCCGGGAGAAGUGCCACAGCAGAGUUCCAGGACGCCAGCGGCUCGGGAGGGAGAAGCCGGAGGCCCUUCAGCCCCAGGGAGGCCCUGCGGUCCAAGGCGGUCAUCAAGCCGGUCAUCAUCGACAAGGACGUGAAAGAGGUCAUGGGGGGAGUGGGAGCUGAGCCUGCCUCAGAGAAACCGAAGCCCGCCUCGCGGUCGGGGACAAACAAAGUGAUGAGCUGCAUAACCAUUUACCCCAUGGAGGUGAGCAGCCCCCGGGGGGCGUCGGGGGAAGCCCCGAGGGAGAGACACACGGCCACCAGCAACAUCCAGGUGGUCCCCGGCGAGGUGUCCUCGGUCACCAACCACAUCAGCCUGCCUUUUGAGAUCUCCAUCAAUAAGAACGAUAUCACACGGCAGAUCACGGAGGCUGACCACGCUGGGGACCCGCCCCCACGGAGCCGGCCAGAAACGGUGGUCUCCAGGAGCAGUAUUACCAUCAAGCCAUCGGACCCCGCGGAGAGAAACAGCCACGAGCCCCCCUCAGAGACCCUCAGGUGGAAAAGCCACCGACCCUCUUUGGAAACGGAGCCAUCCGACAGCAAGCAUGUCACCAUGCGCAGCGCCUGGAGGACCAGGCGGGACUUGAAUUCCCUGGAAGACCCCCCGGCCCAAGGAGGCAAAAAUGUGGAUCCCCCUAAUGCAUAUACGCAGAGAUCUUCCACAGAUUUCUCAGAACUGGAGCGGCCCAGGCCCUCUCCCUUUGAGCAGGGCGCCCGAAGGGGGCCGGGGACCACCGGGGAUGCCCUUGAGCUGAACUCCCGAAGAACCCAAAGCAGCCUUACGGUGUCGGAAGUUCUCACGAGGCGUGGCCGGGCUGGGGACUCUGUCACCGCUGCCGCCUCGAGCCGCCCAGCGGGCCGGGAGGAAGCUGAAGGCAGCAAUCCCAGCUCCUUUCAGUGGCAGCACAAUUGCCUGGAAAGGCCGGAGCUGCCAGCCAAGCGGCCUCCGGAGCUCCUGCGGGUUCGAGCUGAAGAACGGGUACGUCGGGCCAAGCACUCCGAAGACAAUUGAUCUGACGGGGGUGGUCCCCGCUCUGCUGGGUUGAUUCCCAAGAUUCUGACUCUCCUCCCAGCAGAGGCCUCGCCCGUGGCCCGCCCCGUGGGACGCCCUGCGACCACCCACCCUUCAGCCACCAGCUGCAAAGCCAUCUCCCAUUCUUCUGUCCCUCUGAGCAUCCUUGCCUUGGAGGUUUUCCCAGCAGACCAAGGACAGCGGUGUCUGGCUGGAGCUUGCUCGGGGUCGCUGAGCCCGUGCCCCGGGGCGGCAGCCUGGCCAUCCGGGUCUGGGCCGGCGGUGGGCCGAAGGGUCCCCAGCAGGGACGCAUCCUAGCCAGACGCCCCCUAAGAGACGCAGAAGGCCCCGCACCCCUCCACAUCCCCUUCCCCAAGCACUGGAGGCUUGGCUGGCUCGAGUUUGCCUGCAGGAUCCCGUGGCUGCGAGCCUCGGCUCGGCUUCUCAGCAGGCUGUCCUUCCCUCCCGUCGGAGGAGGGCUCGGGCUUCCCCUGGCACUCUCCCCUUCCCCACGCCCCUGGUCAGGAUGAGCCUGCCCCCUUUGCCACCCCCUGGAGCAACAGGUCCAAGGAGAGGCCAUUAGUGAGCUGCCCCUCCCUGU